AUUAGGCAAUUCAUGAAAACAUCAGCAGCGAACUAAAGAGGAAGAAGCGACACAAAGUGAGUCAUAUUGCUUGUUUUGGAAACCAUAUACUACCACCCUUUAUUCAUAAAUAUACUGAGAAAGCUGUAGAACUAGAUGGGAUCAAUAACUUUGUCAUAAAAACAUCAGAUAUCAUCAGGAAAGAUGCCAUCUUCAGGCCGUAGCUCAGGGAGCUCAUCUCGCAGGAGUCGAUCGAAUCACACCCAUCACCACCGCCACAGGAGAAGACACCGCCUGAGACCCAAGCAGACGGAAAGGAACCUGGUCGCCUCCAUUCUAGGGAUGGUGGUGAUAGCUGUUCUCAUCUCGGCCCUUGCAGAUAGGAAGUGGUUCAAGCUGCAUGGCGGCAAGUGUAAGCAGGAGUAUCUCGGUGCCUACCAAUUCCUCACACCAAAUAUUGAAGACAUGACAUCCUACCAACACUGUUUCACAAGUAAAGCUAUACCAAUCAUGAGGGCAGUGAUUGGGUUCCUCUUCUUGGGGAUCAUGUCAUCCCUCAUUGCAUUCUUCCUGGACACCUUGGGGCCUAUGCAGACAUCCUUGAAGCUCUGUAGAAGAUUUGCCAUCUCAUCCAUUCUAACAGUACUGUUCUGUGUAGCCAUCAAUGGUCUAUGCUACUGGGUGUCCACAUGUAUAGAGGAAGAGCUCAAAGCCUACAAGCUAGUCUCAACCAGCAAAGUCUUCGUCACCUUCGAGAUGGGCUACUAUCUCAUCGUCGUCUCAGGGGCGCUCUCCGUCGUCAUAGCAGCCACCAACCUUCUCAGACGGUACCCCCUCUACGACGAGCCGCAGAGGAGAGAGAGGUUGGUGGAAGACUGGGAUGAACUGCUGGAGCAAGAGUUACCAGGUUUCCCGCCCAGCACUGCCCUGACUGCCCCUCCUGCCUAUACCCCAUAACUCAACGUGUCUUCAUUGGAUGAUCUAAAUAACUGCGAUGAUAUAUCACUGAAAUCAACGUGAGAGGUUCACAAACAUAAAAAUCUUUUACUGGACUACCCUUCCCACUUAUAGCUCUUACAUGAUUUGCAGUUAUUCCUGUCUCAAAGAUUUAGGACUAUAGUCGAUUCUGAUAUAAUGGUAGCCUUUAUAUUUUGAGGUGUAAAGUAGCCAUUGUAUGUCCCCCCCCCCCC